AUGCCUGAUAUUCUCUUUCGAGUCCACACACCGCCCAAAGGUCCAUCUUCAGCGCCCAAAGCCGCGGAGUGGGCGAUGUUGACCUUAUCCGUGGCGGUGACCGUCUAUGCCGCAUCCUCCAGUCGCCUCUGGUGGGCGUGUCAGCCAGUCUUCCUGGCGCAGAUGCUCGUGGCGCUUGCGUCCUCGCCGAAACAGGCCAAAGUGGAUUAA